AUUCAACCUGCGCGACGACGAAUCCUGUGGCCGUUUCUUUACCCGUAUUUUCAAAGGCAUCGGCAGCGAACAUGGAGGGCGAGAAAUAUCAACCGAGUUUGAUCCGCAUGUGGAGAGUCUGGCGCACAGCGAAGGAGAUGAUGAAUGAUAGGGGCUAUCUGGUCAUAGAGGACGACAUGACUUUGUCGCUCGAGGAUUUCGCGCAGAAAUAUGCGCGCGAGGAUGGAGAACCAGACCGCUCGCGCCUUAACUUCUCCUGUCAACCUUCCGAAGAAAUGCUACUCAAAUACACCCCGGCCCCUACCAAGAAAGAACCCAACCCAACACCUGAAAUCGGCACAAUAUGGAUCGAGUUCAACAGCGACGAGAACGUGGGCUUGAAACAACUUCGCGACUACAUGGGUCAUUUGCUAAAUGGCUCCUUCUACUCCGGCAUCAUGGUCACUGUAAAGCCUAUGACAGGCAUGGCGAUCCGACUCCUGCGAGGCGCUACGGGAAUGAGCGACGGACCAAAGGGCGGCGUCGAGGUCUUUGUUGAGCAGGAUUUGUUGGUCAACAUUACGAAGCACGAGCUGGUGCCUAAGCAUGUACUGCUGAGCGCCGAGGAGAAGGAUCAGCUACUUCAGCGUUAUCGACUGAAGCAGACACAAUUGCCCAGAAUCCAGUCUACGGAUCCGGUCGCGAAAUACUUGGGGCUGAGGAGAGGAGCGGUGGUCAAAAUCAUUCGAAAGUCCGAGACGGCGGGAAGAUAUGCGAGUUAUCGAUGGGUUAUAUGAGGUCGUACAGAUUAGGAAAUCUUCACGCUUGAGGAAGGGAACGAGGCAGCCCUGCAACAAAGAGAACGGGUUAGACGCGGCGGAGAUUGAUCGGAAGCUUCGAAUUCGCUGUGUCUGAAAUGCGAAGUCCAGGGCUGUACUUCAUUUGGCAAGGCGUUUGGCGAACAGAAAGGUCUCUCGAGACAUGCAAUUGCGAAAAGCAGGCAGGGAUUUGUAGAAGCUUGAAUCCACAUAUAUGUAUACCAGUCACAAAGCGCUUUGAUUCCACC